UGAUGUGAUGGGUGAUGAUGCUCUGCUUGGCUAAUAACGGAUGCUGAGCUGCGUCACCCCCCCCCCCCCCCCCCCAAACGAAUGCUGCUCCAUGGUGCCAUCAGACGGACAUUAUUACACGGCCGAGGAAAACAACAAACAGCCUCCAUCACCAGGGUUGAGAUCAUCUCCAGUGUAGGUCGGUGUUAAUGAGUGCCGCCAUGGCAAACAGGGGACCAAGCUAUGGGCUCAGCCGUGAGGUCCAAGAGAAGAUUGAACAGAAGUAUGAUCCAGAUUUGGAGGCUCGGCUUGUGGAAUGGAUUGUGGUCCAGUGUGGCGACGACUUGGAGCGACCUGAACCUGGCAAACAGAACUUCCAGAAAUGGCUCAUGAGUGGAACUAUUCUCUGCCGGCUCAUCAACAGUCUGUACCCCAGAGGUCAGGAGCCAGUUAAGAAAAUCACAGAAACUAAAAUGGUCUUCAAGCAAAUGGAAAAGAUUUCUCAGUUCCUGCAGGCGGCUGAAGAAUACGGUGUCAACAGAGGAGACAUAUUCCAAACUGUUGCUCUUUGGGAAGGAAAGGACAUGGCUGCAGUCCAGAGGACACUGACGGCCCUGGGAAGUGAAGCUCUCACAAAGGAUGAUGGACACUACCGUGGAGACAAAGACUGGUUUCAUAGGAAAGCCAAGGUCCACAAGAGGGAGUUUUCUGAGGACCAGCUGCGUCAAGGCCGCAGUCUUAUCGGCUUGCAGAUGGGAAGCAACCGUGGAGCGUCUCAGUCUGGCAUGGUAGGGUACGGCACCCCACGGCAAAUCAUGCGGCAUGACUCUCCUCGAGACAACGGCCAUCAGAGCAAUCCCUAAACACUACACACUUCUGUAUUUAAAACCUCCACUGGAGCCAAAAGCCAAAUCCAGAGCUCCAGAUGUAGGAGGAAUGUGUACAUGUAUGUGUAUAUUUAGACUCUCACACCAGUGCUAGAAUUACACACAUCAGAGAGUUGUCCCUUUACCCACAAUGCACCAGUACCAGCUGUUAUCGUCUCUCAGGCAAGCUCCAGAGCAAGGCCAAAAUGUGUAAAAUAAAGAGUUUAAAUUGAAUAUAGUUUGACAAAUGAAAUGUGCAUCUCUCUAAAGGUGUAUCCCUUUUAGAAUGGUAUAAACUGACAAUCAGGUACUUGAAUGUCUAAUGUCCAUUUACAAUUAUGCAUUUGGCCAAUGCUUUUACCCAAAACAAAUUAAAAGUCCAUUUACUUUUGUGUCUUGUGAAUCAAACCCAUGAC